AAGUCAGAGAUACGUUGUGGACUUUUAUGCCUACAAAACUUCAGUUUUUCAACUUCUUCUCGUUUGACUUUGUUCUCUCUCAAAAUCACAGAUUCAUUCAUUCCGAUCAAAACAACCCUUCAAUGGAGUCGAUCAACACUUUGAAAGGCUACGGAAAAGUAUCAGAUCAAGAAAACCAAAUUCACCAUCCUUCUCCUCCACUUCCCAAACCAUCAUCAUCAUUUUCCCGUAAAACCCUAAUCGCCACCGUCUCCGUCGUAUCUCUCCUCUUAAUCCUCGUCGUCGUCGCUUUAACCGCCGGAGCUUUCACUCACUCACCUCCACACCACCCUCCCAUCUCCUCCGCCUCUCUCAAGACAGUCUGCGCCGUGACGCGUUACCCCGAGACUUGUUUCAGUUCUCUAUCUUCUUCUCUAAAUGAAUCGGAUUCGAAACUGAACCCUGAAUCAAUCCUCGAGCUUUCUCUUCGAGUCGCUUCUAAAGAGGUCUCGAGACUCUCUAUGUCUUUCCGAUCGAUCAACGAUAUGCCUGAGGACGCGGCGGUUGGUGAUUGCGUGAAGCUUUACACCGACGCUCUGAGUCAACUCAACGAGUCGAUGUCUGAGAUCGAGAGAGAGAAGGAGAAGAAGAAGGGAGGGAACUGGUUGACGGAAGAAGUCGUCGGAGAUGUUAAGACUUGGAUCAGCGCCGCCAUGACUGACGGUGAGACUUGUUCCGACGGGAUUGAUGAAAUGGGAACGGUGGUGGGGAAUGAGAUCAAGAAGGAGAUGGAGAUGGCUAAUCAGAUGAUGAGUAUAAGCUUGGCCAUUGUUAGCCAAAUGAAGAAGCUUUUGGUGAUACUUCACUAAACCAAUCACAAAGGUUGGAACUUUUAUUCUUUUUUUUUCUCUCUGUUUAUCAAUUUCGAGUUCAUAAGUGUAUUUGUGAGCUCUCUGUUCUUGGCUUCUUGCUCUGCUCUGCUCUGUAAGUAAUUACUACGUUUGUUUGGUUUUGGUAUAUGUAAUCUGAUAAAGAAAAUGUAUUUUUACAUUCAACCC